AUAAAUUACAGUUCAAAUUAUAGGUUUAUUGGAUGCAAAUUAAAUUAUGGAUCCGUCAACAAGACUACUUGGUCUUAGCUUUGCUAUGUUAGUAGGAUGUUACAUAUUUGGUUUAGUACCACUGACAGUUUCAUUAUCUGAGAAAAAUAUUCGCACUAUGUCAAUUACAGGAGCUGGGUUAAUUGUUGGAGCAGCACUAUCAGUUAUUAUUCCAGAAGGAGUUCAUUCGUUAUAUGAACAACAACUUUCACAAGCUUCUCACAGUCACCAUGUUCAAUCCCGUUCACUUAACCAUGCUGUUGAAAGUCAUAAAGAAGUAAAUUAUGAUGGCAUCUCAUCAUGGGUUAGCCUCCAUCAGCGUUUUGUACCAGAAUUUGAGUUGCAUGCAAUUAUUGGCAUAUCAUUAACUCUUGGAUUUGUAUUUAUGCUUCUUAUUGAUCAUUUAUGUGGCGGUUCUCAUUCUCAUGCAUCAAAUGAAAAUGGACGUAAAAAAUCUGUUACAGCAACAAUAGGAUUACUUGUGCAUGCAGCUGCUGAUGGAAUUGCAUUAGGAGCAGCUGCAUCUACUGCACGAGCUGAUGUUGAAAUGAUUGUUUUUAUUGCUAUCAUGCUUCAUAAAGGUCCUGCAGCAUUUGGAUUAACUUCUUUUUUACUUCAUGAGGGGCUUGAAAGAAGUCGUAUAAGGCGUCAUUUAUUAGCAUUUUCUCUCUCAGCUCCAAUAUCUGCUGUAGUUACAUAUUAUGGACUUAGUCAGACUAACAAAGAAACUCUUUCUUCUAUAAAUGGUACCGGUCUUGCGAUGCUGUUUUCGGCUGGUACAUUUUUGUAUGUUGCAACUGUACACAUACUACCAGAACUUUUGAGUCACGCCAUAAGUAAGGAUGGGUCCUUGAUCCAAACUGAACAUAAUGCUGUUCUAUCAAGAAAAGAUCUGCUUUUUUUGGUAAUUGGCAUUUUGAGUCCUCUUUUUUUAGGAAUGUAUCACAAACACUAGUUUUACAACUUAUUUAUUUACUGGGUGCAUUUUUUUUUUGCACCAAGAACCGUUUAAUUUAUUGUAUUAGUAUUAAAUUGCUCUGGUGAUAUUUUCUGCAACGUUUGGACAACUUCUCGCUUAACAUGCAACUUAUUUUAAAGUUUUGUUGUCAAAUUUUUACAUAUUAGACGAUUGUUUUUGAAAAAAAAAGUUAAUACUGCAUUAAUUUUUUUAUGAUUAAUUUUUAUAUUAUAGAAAUAAAUUAGCCAGACGUAUUAAA